AUGGCCUAUUUCAACUCCAUGGGUAUUGUGCGCUAUUUCGUACCGUUUGCGAUAACAUUAUCGUUGAACUCAGCUUUCAUGAUGGCUAGAAGUUUAUGGCUGACUGACUGGUCCAACGACAAUGUUCCUGGAGUGGAUGAGGCGCUUGCAAAACCACUCGGUGUCCGCCUAGGUGUUUACGCUAUCCUUGGAACUCUAGAAGUCGUGUUUCUUUAUGUGGCGCUUACUUCCCUGAUUCUCGGAGGAGUUGCUGCCUCGUUGAGAUUGCACAAGCCAUUGCUUCAUAACGUACUACGGAGCCCUCUUUCACAUUUUGAUGUCACGCCACUUGGAAGAAUUUUGAACCGACUUGGAAAAGUAUGCUUAAAUAUAAACAUACCGCCGUCUUCCACACGCUUUCAAAGUUCACCGAUUCAGGAUAUGGAAACCGUCGAUCUUCGCCUUUCGUCAAAUUUCCGUUUCUUGGCUGUAGCCUUCAUGAGCGUCCUGCAAACCUGCAUCAUCAUAUCGAUUUCAACACCUCUUUUCAUUUUGGUCAUUAUCCCGAUAUUCAUUAUUUACUUACUUAUCUUGCGGUAUUUCAUCCACUGUUCACGUCAACUUCAACGACUCACCUCCUUGACUCGCUCUCCUAUUUACUCCCAUUUUGGCGAGACAAUCCAAGGAGUAACGACCAUACGUGCUUUUGGAUGGAUUGAAAUGUUUCGGCAACAGAACAUCGACAAGGUAGUGGUUAUCGAACUAAUUUUGGACACUCAAACUACUGCUCUUGCUGCUUCACUGUAA